AACCUGGUUUACGAAGCAGAUUCAAGCAAACAACUUCUCCAACUCAUCCAGUCCAGCGCUCUCGACACACACGCCCCUCUUAAGGUCCCCCCUCCCUCCCUCACCCCGCCGACCUCGCCCGCCGCCCGCGCGCUCGCUCAUACCCCCCCACCCCACGCCAUCGUCACAGUCACACACACACACGCACACACACACAAGACGUCUACUUGACCCUCCCCUCUCCCCUCCUACCGCCUCAAUCCACCAGCAGAUAAACAAAACCCCCCGCAACAAACCAAGAAAAUCACAAUGUCCGCCCUCAUCGAAGUGGCCUCGGAAGCCGAGUUUCCAACCUACCUCUCCUCGCUGCCGCCGACCUGCUUGCUGGUCCUGUACUUCCACGCCCCCUGGGCGGCGCCCUGCACGCAGAUGCGCGCCGUGCUGUCGGCCCUGGCCUCGCAAUACCCGGCGACCAACCCGCCGACGACCGCGUUCCUGAGCGUCAACGCCGAGGAGCUGCCCGACAUCUCCGAAGACUACGACGUCACCGCCGUGCCCUUCGUCGUCCUCGUCCGCGACGGCCAGAUCCUCGAGUCCAUCAGCGGUAGCGAAGCCGUGCGCGUGCGCGAUGCCGUCGAGCGCUACGCCGGCCCCGGCAGCAACACCGCACAACCAUCACACCUCCCCCAGCAGAAGACCGCCAUCCCCCCGCCGUUGACCGCCGUGCCCCGCGAGGACGCCGCCGCGCCCACGACCGCCACCCAGGCGCCCAACGGAGCCACGGGCGGAGCUGCUGCUGGCCCCGUCGCCACGGCGGAGACAAAGGAGGCCCUAUUCGCGCGCCUGGCGGAGCUGGUCAAGGCCGCGCCGGUCAUGCUGUUCAUGAAGGGCACGCCCAGCGCGCCGCAGUGCGGGUUCAGUCGGCAGUUGGUCGGCAUCCUGCGCGAGCGCAGCGUCAAGUACGGGUUCUUCAACAUUCUGGCCGAUGAGGACGUGCGCCAGGGCCUGAAGGAGUUCGCCGAUUGGCCCACUUUCCCCCAGUUGUGGGUGGAUGGCGAGUUGGUCGGUGGGUUGGAUAUUGUUAAGGAAGAACUGGAGAAUGACCCGGAUUUCCUUGCCAUGUACUCGGUCAACAAGGCUGUGUGAGUAUUAUAGAAUAGGUCUGCGUCGUUGGGGAUCCCUGUAUUGUGCUCGUCCCUUUUUCUUUUAACAAAGAUACUUCCUAGUUGUUCAGUUCUCUCUAAGAUCUAGCGAUGGAUAUUGAGAAAAAAAGAACCAAAAGAUUUAAUUAUUCAACCAC